AUGCCGCCAGGACGAGGCCGGCGUGGCCGCACGGAGCAGCACCGCCCGCCGGAGACCGGCCGCCGCGACGAGGGUGCUCCGUCCCGUCCCACGCCGCCGUUCCCCGCCUUCGCUUCUCAGGGGAGGAGGACGAGGAGGAGGCCGAGGCAGCCGCCGCCGGCGAGCCUCCCCUUCGCCGAGAUCCUGUCGCGGGUGCCCUACCGGUCGCUCUGCCGCUUCCGGUGCGUGUCCAAGGCGUGGCGAGUCCUCUGCUCCCACCGGGCCAUCCAAAGGAGGGUGCCGCAGACCCUCUCCGGAUUCUUCCACACCCACCACUCGGACGGCGGCCUCCGUUUCAGCAAUCUCUCCGGAGGAGGCGCCCCUCUGGUCGACGCUUCGCUCCCUUUCCUCCGCAGGAGGAGAGAACAAAAUAAUUCUGUUUGUUGCGAAGACUAA